AUGGUCGCCGAAGGCCAAUUCGGGGCAUUUUACGAAUAUGACUACAAGGGGACAUCGUACUGGUACAAGUUGGAGGCAAGCCUCGGCCCCAAAUACAAGCAACCGCUCGCCUGCGAGAGCGGCGUCUACCAGCUGGUGGAGAAGAAUUCCAAGAGCCCAGACAAAAAGUAAGUUGGAAUCAGACCAAAACCUUUUUUUUUCAGCUUCAUCUACAUUGGCGGCAUGCUGAGCUGCUGCCACUUCUCUGAGGGCGUCUACUGCAUGCGGGUCGAAAAUUAUGGCCCAAGCGUUCGCGAGAUGCGCCAAGGACAACUCAUGGCUCCGUUCGAGGCGCAAAAACUCUUCUUCCAGUUGCUUUACUGCACCAAAGCGCUGAUCAAGUACGGGAUUUGCCAUCGGUACAUCAAGGAGAGCGCAUUCUACGUCAAGAAAGACCGGGAUACGUAUCGGGUGAGUGCAUGUUGAGUUUGUAUUUUCCCUAAAACCUAGCCAAGGAUUUUAAACAGUUUUAAAGGGUAGUAAAACAGCAUAUAGGUCAAAAAGGUUUAAUUUAAUAUCUAUCCAUCAAUUCUGCAAAGCAUUUUUGCUUUAUUUUUCUGGUUUAGUAAUAAAUUUUUUUUACCAUAUAUUUUUUUUAUCACCGGGCCCGGCCGCCCAUUUAUUUGACACAAAUGGGGCAAUUUUCAUGGCUUCAAUAUCGAUUUCUUGAUAUAAAAAUAUGAUAGAGAUUUUACAACACUAUGUUCCUUGGCGCAAAUUUUAUUUUCUUGCAGUUUGUCAUUACUGACCUCGGAUAUGCAAUCAGAAUCGGCUCGGAACGCUCGGCGCACGUCAAGAAAUUGCGGGCAUUGCAAAGGUUCUCACAGCGAAAAAAAAAUCAUAAAACCUGUCAUCCAAAUUGCACAUAACAACAACUUUUAACCUAAUUUUUUUUAUGGGAACUCUAGGGAGUACUACUAGUCGUAUACAACUGUUUUUUAUACCGCUGGUACAUUCUAAAUGGGUGUCAUCGUGACGCAUUUUCUGAACAUGGUUCGAGCUAGGCUAAAAAUAGUGCAAAUUUCAAGGCCAAAUAUCAAAAAAACUGUCCCAUCAAGCGGGACGGGACCGGUGUAGAUACUCGAAGAACAGUUUAAGGAUUUUUUUGACGUGGAGCCUAUACCUCCUUCCAGUGCUCUCUGAGUCGGUAUCGUCGAUACAAACUUUUAUUUAGACGUUGUAUUCUUCGCCAUGGAAAACUGUCAAAAUACUACGAUUAUGGGUAUAUUUUGGUUCUAUUAGCUUAAGCAGCUCUCGAGCUUUCUAUUGAUAUCAAUAUCUUGUGAUUUACUAUUAAUCUUUAUGUCUAAAUAUUGCAAACCAUUUGGACAAAAACGGAUUUGCACAGGGCAGAAUGCCAAAAAAAAUUCUAGGCUUUUUCAUUGGGCGCCCGUUUUUCUUUUAUUUUUUCUUGACGUGCGGCGCACUGCAGGAUGAGCCAAGUCUUUCUCCUUGGGUGGUCAAGUCUCCCUCUCAAAUUUUUAUUUUUUCAAGAUUAAUAUAAAUGUCUUUAUGUUUUAAUCUACAUAUAUGGACAGGACAAUAACUCAAAAAGUAAGUUAAAUUAUCUCUCUUUCUGACUAUACAAAACUUUUUUCGAUUACAUAUUGUUAUUAUUGUGCAUUUAGGCAUUAUAGAAGGUGCAUAAAUUUAGGUAAAUGCUGUUCGUUCUUGACAUUAGACGAACAACAUUCGAAAGUCUUACCCCAAAAAAGAACUGCCGUCGAGCCUUCUUCGUGCCAAAAUUAUUUCAGCAUGAAAAUGAUCUACAGUUUUUUUGUUGAUUCGAUUUUUGAUAUUACACUAGGUACUUUUGUCAAGUUGCAGGCAAAAUCUAAUGUUUUUGAAGUUUAAACCCGGAAAACUACAAAGCUGAGCCAUUACUAAACCGUCACCAACAUAAAUAUUCUUUCAAACCAGGGUUUGAGAUGUCUUAGGGUGUAAGUGAUCAAUUAAAACCUGGAUCUAAAAAAGUCUCAAAUACCUCUCAUACUGUUUUAAACAUGUUUUAGAUCGACCAGGGACCUUUGAAAUAUGGUUUGCGAAGUAUUAAUACGCAUCUAUGGCCGCGGAUACAUAAAAAUUGUUCCAUACCUAAAAUCUGAAAAAAAAUCAAAAACGACAAUAAAAGGGGGAAAUCACUGUUACGACGUUAAGAAUGUUAAAAGAAAGUUUUAUUGUCCAUUUAGACCUUAUAUGACGUAAAACGUGACCUAAUCUCGCCUUAAACUUACAAAAGUACCUAGUGUAAUAUCAAAAAUCGAAUCAACAAAAAAACUGUAGAUCAUUUUCAUGCUGAAAUAAUUUUGGCACGAAGAAGGCUCGACGGCAGUUCUUUUUUGGGGUAAGACUUUCGAAUGUUGUUCGUCUAAUGUCAAGAACGAACAGCAUUUACCUAAAUUUAUGCACCUUCUAUAAUGCCUAAAUGCGCAAUAAUAACAAUAUGUAAUCGAAAAAAGUUUUGUAUAGUCAGAAAGAGAGAUAAUUUAACUUACUUUUUGAGUUAUUGUCCUGUCCAUAUAUGUAGAUUAAAACAUAAAGACAUUUAUAUUAAUCUUGAAAAAAUAAAAAUUUGAGAGGGAGACUUGACCACCCAAGGAGAAAGACUUGGCUCAUCCUGCAGUGCGGCGUUCUAUCCAAUCCCCGAAACGGCAACCACUCACAUCCACGCGAAGAAGGCGUUGAAGUCGGAGGACACGGAGAGCCUUCUCUACAUGGUAUUGGGCAUGAUGGCUCCUCUGCCUUGGGCGGGAAUGAAAAAAAUUGAGGAAGUCACGAAGGUCAAGUUAGAGUGUACCGACGAGAACGCGAUCCCCGAAGAAUUCUACGACAUCAAGGAGGCUGCGACCUUGUGUCUCAUGAGGGGCCUCUACACGGAUGACCUGGAGAUGGAAAACGUGGCCGCGGGCCUCAUCAGCUAUUACUUCACGGUAUGUGGAAUUUAAUUUUUUUACCUGCGAAUUGGUUUUUAAGCGCAUUUUAUAUUUUGAAAAACUUUCAGAUCGUAUCGUCGGACGAGCUCCAUUCUCCUGUGCGUUUUCCAAAUCGUGAUGCCAAGUUGGUGGGCACGUUCAAGUCGUAUGAUGAAUACUAG